UUAUUACGAGGUGUUUUGUUUUGUGUUGUUCCCACUGACCUACAAUAAUAACGUUGUUCCAUGUUCAAUUUAAUUAUUUAAAUAAUAAUGUUAGUGUUUGAUUUAGCAUGAAGAUUUUAGGUGCAUAUUUACUAUUUUUGUUAAAUAUACAAAAAUAGCCUAGGAAAAGCUUAAUCAAGAGAACUAGCCUAAGUUAGGCCUAGAUCCAAGGCCUUUUUUAACUAGCCUACCUAAGUAGCCUAGGCCUUAUCCCAGUGUGUCAUUGAUAGGCCUAUCUCAUAUUUUUUGCAAGGUCUAACUAGGCCUAGCUUAGUAUGGCAUUUCAGACUCAAACUGCAAGAGAAAAUAGAAAAAUUCUUCUAGAAGAUUUACAAUUGAAGAAGCUGCAGCUUUUAAAGCAAGGAGUUGUACCUUUAACAUCAACCCCAUUAGCCAUCUCUUCAGUACCAGGAAAUGCACCAAGCCCAGGAUCUGAACACUUGUCUUCGGUCCAACGAGGAGCUGUUAUACAAGCACAAGCGUCCUUCGGGUUUUUUGUCCCUCAAGACUCUCUGUUCGGCAACGUGAUUCUCCCAGUACUUCCACGUUACGACAUCAAACCGUGAGAAUGGCGAGGAUGAAGUUGAAGAAGCUAGAGCAAUAUUUGCAACAGGUUGAAGUGUUUGAGGACCCCAAGAUCCACCUUGAGCAGUAUGCUACUAGUCCACACUUGGCGGCUUGUAUGCUCUACACUAUACAAACUAGCUUUGGAGACUUGGAGGGAAAGGUAGUGGCAGACCUGGGUUGUGGCUGUGGUAUGUUGACAUUUGGCUCAGUUCUGCUCGGAGCCGGCUCAUGCAUCGGUUUCGACAUUGACCAUGAAGCUCUUGAUAUAUUUAGCGAGAACCGCGAAGAUCUAGGAGUGGACGAUUGUGAUAGUGUUUUGUGUGACGUGUGUAAGCUCGAUGAUAGGUGGAACAAUUUCUUUGACACUGUUGUCAUGAACCCACCCUUUGGAACGAGGCAGAAGGGCAUUGACUUGGACUUUGUUAAGGUAGGACUUAGGCUGGCAAACACGGCUGUGUAUUCACUUCAUAAAACAUCGACUAGAGAACACAUUUUGAGUAAAGCUAAAGCGUGGGGGGUCGAGGCUAAGGUGGUGGCUGAACUGAAAUUUGACUUGCCUCAGACUUAUAAGUUUCACACCAAAAGUUCUGUUGAUAUAGAAGUGGACUUGAUUAGGUUUUGGUUCAGCAAACCUAAACAGAUGUGUGAGUUUAUGAAGCAGUAGGGAAUAUUUUGUAAUGUUUUAACUGUAUCAAUAAAGGUAUAACUUUUUUUAAAUA